AUUCAGGAUUAAGAUACUCCUCUUGUUCAACCAAUUUCAAAAAAAUAGGAUGACAUUAUUAUCAAAUAGAAUGAAUAAACAUAAUAAAUUAUAGGUAAUUCUGUAGAAGAGAAAAAAGAAGUCUCUGUAAGUGAGUAAAGUAAUAUAAUUAAUCAAGAAAUUGAAUAAGUUAAUAAAAUAAUUAGUACAAAAGAUGAAAAAAAUCAAACAACAAAUGAAACUACUAAGUAAACAAAUGAUGUAAUAUCAACUACAAAUAGAGAAGCACAAAAGACAAAUGAAACAAUUUAACAAAGCAAUAAGGUUGAUCAAUAAAAAGAUUUGAAAAUUUAAUAAAAUGAUAAAGUUAUUAAUUAAACAGGUGAGACAACUUAACGAAGCAAUUAGGCAAGCUAAUAAACUGACUCGACAAUUUAAAAGACGAAUAAAUCUUAACAAUAAACAGAUGAAAUUAUUUAACAAAAUAAUAACUCGAUUCAGUAAACAGAUGAAAUAAUUCAAUAAAGUAAUAAGUCUAUUUAGUAAACAAAUGAGACAUCUUAAUAAAAUAAUAAAGCAGUUUAAUAAACAAAUGAGACAAUUUAAUAAAAUGAAAAAUCAAAUAAGUAAACAAAUGAGAUCAAUUAAUAAAACAAUAAAGAGACAACUUAAUAGAGUAAUAAAACUAUAUAGCAAACAAAUGAGACAACUGAAUAGAAUAAUAAAGUGAUUCAGUAAACUAAUGAAACAUCUUAAUAGAAUAAUAAAGUAGUUUAGGAAACAAAUGAGACUACAUAAUAAAACAAUAAAUCAGUUUAAUAAACAAAUGAGACAACUUAAUAAAACAAUAAAUCAGUUUAAUAAACGAAUGAGACAACAUAAUAAAGUAAUAAAAUCGAUUAGCAAACUAGUUAAAAUACUUAAUAAGCAAAUGAAAGUACUAUAUAAUAAUCCAAUUAAUAAACUCAGUAAGUUGAAUAAAUAACCUAAUAAAUAAAUACAGUAACAUAAGAAUCUAAAUAAAAAACCAAAGAAAUCAAUUAAUCUUCUUAAUAAACUAAUGAAACUACCGAAAAAAUAAAUGAAACAUCAAAAGAAUAAAGUAAAGAAGUUGGAUAAACUACUGAAUAAACAACUAAAAAAGAAAUUAUCUCUGUAGAACCAGAAUUACCAGAUUAUAAGAUAAUUGAUCACAAAAAUGAUGAUGAUAGUGAUUAAUAAACUAUGGAUAUGCCUGUUUAAGAAGGGGAUCUUUGUGUCUAAAAUCAAGAGGAAGAAUUCGAGAAAGUUUAAGAAAUUAAGAUUAUUCCAGGGUAAACUUAUGAAGAUUAAAUAUCAAAUGAUAUAGAAGGAAAAAAUCCAAUAGUUGACCAAGGAAUAACUGUUGCUAAUAAUUACCAAGAGUAUGGUUAUGGAUUUUGGAUGAGAUUCUUAACAUAUUAUCCUAAAGAAUUAAUUAAAGGAAAGGAUGCCCCUUGGUAUUUCAUAAGUAGGUUAACAAAAAACAAAAAUUAUGAAAAUAUUAAUAUGGGUGAUAGAGUGUUGGCAAUAUGGCAAGGAGCAGGAUUUUACUAAUUCACUACAUAUGAUAUUGAUGGAUUGAAACCUAAUGUUUUAUUAAAUGUGGAUUAUCCUAAUGACAUCGAAGGUGUUUGGACAUACAUUUAUUAUUCGUAUAGUACAGAAUAAGAAUAAGCAGUUGGCCAUAUUAAAUUUGGAAAUGAAAAAUUCACAACAAUAAAGCAACAUGUAAAGCAUUCUCCAACAGUUUACUUAAGAUUUAUUUUAGGUGGCAAUGAUUACAAUAGGUUUCCAAGUUUCAAUGGAAUAUUUACCUAGAUUACUUUUGGUAUUAGAGCUGGAACAUUUCUGUUAACAUCAGAGUAGUUAAUAAUGAAAUUGAAUAUUUACGAUGUUCCUUAGUAAUCUGUAGAGGAAGUGCAGAGUGUGAGAAUAGUAGAAAAUGAGGAAACACGUUCUUCAGAGAAUUUAUAUUAGUAUAAAGUAAUUAGGAACAAGAAAGUGAAGUUUCCUAGAGAGUAUGCAUUGAGUGGAUGGUUCAAGUGGUCGACAUUGUUGGAAAAGGAGUGGCAUAACUUAUUCAGAAUUUAGAUUAGAAAGGAGUCUACUGAUAGUUUCUUGGGAGACAGAACAUUAUCAUGUUGGAUUGGAAAGACUUAGGGAGGAGUGUAUCAAUUCCCAACUUAUACUUAUACGAAUAUGAUUGCCAAUGGAAAUGCAAAUUUAUAUAAGAAUCUCAAUUUAAAAGAUAGACAUACAAAAUGGCAUUUCAUCUAUUUUGGAUAUUCAAAGAUCAAGAGUUAGGCGAAUGUCUAUGUGAAAUGGUAGGAGGAUGAAGAUUAAUUGAUCUAUGAGAAUGUGAAUCAUUAUUAUGUCCAUAAAUUAUAUGCUUAUGUUGGAAAGGAUAAGUUUUAUUCAGGAUUGAAUGGUAAAAUGGCAUAUGUAGUUGUGAAUUUUGGAUUUGGUGCCUAUAAGAAUCAGAAACAAUUUGAUGAAGAGAUAUUCAACUUCAAGCUUGGAUUGAAGGAAUUAAUUAAAACUACAGAUGAUGUUUAAUUUUAACCAGUGAUAAAAUAAGAGAAGAUAGAGCCAAGUGGUUUUGAUUCAGAUAAGGCUAGUUUUGAAUAAGAGGAAAAUGGUGAGAAACCAUUUAAGUAAUAUGGAUAUGGAUAUUGGAUGAGGUUUUUGACACUCUAUCCAAAAUAAAUGUUGGGUGGAAAAACAGCACCUUGGUAUUUUGUUUCAAGAAUGACAUGGAAUCAAAAUUAUAACGAUAUUAAUAUUGGUGAUAGAGCAUUAGCAGUUUUCUUAGGAAAGGGAUUCUAUUAAUUUUCAACUUGUAAUUUGAUAACAAAGAAUACAAAUCAAGAGUAAAGAAUAGAUCAUCCAGAGAAUAUUGAAGGCCUUUGGACAUUUGUUUAUUAUUCGUAUAAUAAAGAGUUAGGUAAGGCUGUUGGAUUCAUAAGAUUUGGAUAUGACAAAUUUUAAUAGAUUUAGCAUACUGGAGUUACACAUUAAGAUACAAGAUACUUAAAACUAAUUGUAGGUGGAACUGAUAAGAGAAGAUAUCCUGGGUUUAAUGGUCAAUUUUCUAAGAUCUCCUUCUCAACUCGGGAUGGAUCAUAUAUAGAUUAAGAGAAGAUUCUGAAAUCUUAUACAUUAGAGAGGAAGGUCUAAACAAUAGUAACCAUGAAUGUGUUAGGAGAUUAAUUUACAAGGAAAGCAGAUGAGGAAGGAGUGUUUGCUUAAAGUGAUAAGGUUGAUUUGCCAACAGAAUAUGCUAUCAGUGGUUGGUUCAAGUGGUUAUUAGCAGAUAAAUAGGAGGCUUUACAUAGCAUGUUUAAAGUUACAAUCAGAAACCCUUCAGAUGAUCAAUUAGGAGAUAAGACUUUAGUGGGAUAUGUGGGAAAGAAUGAUUUAUAGUUCUCUACUUAUAGUUUUGAAAAUAUGGAAGGAAAUGGUAAAAAGGAUAUUCAAAGAAAGAUUGAACAUAAGAAUAGACAUUAAAGAUGGUUCUUUGUUUAUUUUGGAUACUAACAAGAGAAAUCAACUUGUCAUGUCCAUGUGCAAUGGUAGGAUGAAAUGUCAUAGUAGGGAUUCGCAUAUAUUAAUCAUUAUUUGACAAAUCAAUUUUUCAUUUAUGUUGGUAAAGAACCAUUUGUGGCUGGGUUUAACGGAUUGAUUACAUAGAUUAAAUUCAAUAUGGGUGAAGGAGCAUAUAAAUAAAGCACUGAUUAUAAAGAUCAAGAUAAUAUAUUUGGGUUUGAUUUGUAAAGUAUUAAGAAGGAAGUCAAAACAUUUGAUCUUGCAAAAUUGAAAGAUAAAAUUAUGGUAGACUCGAAUAGUGAUGAGUAGUCCAAUUAUUUGAAGUUGGAUGAAGUAUUUGAAUAUGGAUAUGGAUUUUGGAUUAGAUAUCUAAGGAACUACCCAAAAGUAUAAAUUGAAGGAUUAAAAGUUGAUUGGAGUUUCAUCAGUAGACUGAGCAAGAAUGAUGUAUUGCAAGAUAGUACUCUUGGUGAUAGAGCUUUGGCGAUUUGGCUAGGCAAAGGAUUCUAUCAUUUUACUACUUACACUUAAUAACUCUCUAAUAUUUUCACAAAUGUGAAUCAUCCAGCUGAUCUAGAAGGUUUAUGGACAUUCAUUCAUUACGCACACAAUCUUAAUAAAGAAUAGAGUGUAUCUUUUAUUUAGUUUGGUAAUGAUAAGCCUAUUAGGUCUGCUAUCUAGAGUGUUCAUGUGAUUCCAACCAUUUUGAAAUUCUAUUUAGGUGGAAAACACUUGAUUUAUAAAGGAUUUAAUGGAUAAAUAAGCGGUGCUUAUGUUAGUGUGAAUAAAGGCAUAUUUAUUGAUAAUGAGGAGAAAUUUCAAGAUUUAUUAAAAUCUAAUCCUUAACCUCCUACAUACAGUGUAGAAUUGAUUAAGAAUGCAUUAAUAGAGAAAAAUACAAGAUUUGAGAUGAAUUCAGAAGCAAAAUAAUUUAAGUUUGAUAAUUAAAAAUUUAGUGGAGAAUACUCUUGGAGUGGUUGGUUCAAAUGGUCUAGUGUUAUUUAAAAUGCAUGGCAUUUAGCUGUUAGAUUGUCUACACUUGAAAAUUAUGAGAACAAAGAUAGUUUGGGAGAUAGAACAUUAUGUUUAUGGGUUGGACAAUAAGCUGGUGGAGUCCUCUAUUUCUCUACUUAUACUUAUACAGACUUCUAUGGCUCAGGAAAUGCAAAUAGUGUAUAGAAUGUUUAUGGCAUUUUAUUUAUUUUGGAUAUUCAAGAGUUUAAUAAUUGGCUUAUGGCAAAGUGGAAUUUGGAUAUAGAAAAGAAGAAGUCAAAUUCGAGAAUCAUCAUCAUUAUUUACCUAACAAAUUCUUUUUGUCAGUUGGCAGAGACAAAUGGCAUGAUCCUUAUUUGGGAAACAUAGCCUUCUUAAGAUUCUAAUCAGGAGAAGGAGCAUUUCAUUAAGGAGAAUUCAAGGAGAUAAAAGAUGAUCUAUUUGCUAAUAAAUUAGGAUCUAUGGAAUUAUUGA